AUGGUAUGGCAGAUUUGUGCCCACAGCAUGGGUGACUUGCAUAUGUUUGAAGUUUUUGAUCGAUUGCUCUGCAUAAUCAACCAACGUGAUACCUACUUUGACUACUGGGGGAAAGGAACGCAGGUCACCGUUACCUCUGUUUGUCACUGUGACUGGGCUUUUGACUACUGGGGAAAAGGAACCUCGGUGACCGUGACUUCAGGUGUUCAGACCCCUCCCAAAUCUCUCGUCGGUGUGUCUGCGUGCGCCCCCUCCUCUGAUGGCUUCCUCACUCUCGGCUGUGUCACGAGCGGUUUCACUCCUGCCGAGCCGCUCAAGUUCAAGUGGACCGGCGGCGUCACUGACAUGGUGCAGUACCCGGCUGUACAGCAGGGUGGCACCUAUACAGCGGUGAGCCACGCGCGAGUCAAGGCCACUGACUGGAACGCGGAGAAGACGUUCACCUGUGAGGCGGAACAUCCAGGAACUCCAAAACAUAAACCAGUCGAACUGAAAAAGCAAUCUGUGCCUGUGCAGGCUCCAAUUCUGCUUCUAACAACUCCCACUCAAGCGGACUUAGACAAUGGAACAGCUACCUUCAUCUGCGUAGCCAGUCAGUUCUCACCUAAAGAAUAUAAACUUACCUGGACUCUUGAUCAAAGGGAGAUCACAGAUCGGGCCAAGCCAACGAUUUUAACUGAGGAGAAAAGCACUAUUACCAUGUACACUGCCAUUAGCAUUUUGGAAAUCUUGGCCAGCGAAUGGGUGGACACGCUUUCCACAAUCAAGUGUGAAGUCAAGCAUCAUGAUAAGACCUUUACCAAAGAGGCUAAAUAUGAACCAACAUCAAUGGAUGUAACCGAAAAGGUAGAAAUCAUUCCCCCUUCCACCGAGGACAUGCUGGUCCGGGGAGUUGGUGAGCUUCAGUGCCAUGCUCAGGGACGUCCAGGUUUCAAGGGCAUUCGGUGGAUGCGUGAUGGUCAAACCCUUGCAUCUGAAGUCCAGGGACAGGUUGACGGUUCCUCAUUCACAGCUAUUCUUAAAAUUGAUUACCAUGACUGGAGCAAAGGAACAGAAUACAUCUGUGAGGUGGAACACACAUUAUUCGCCGAACUCAAGAAGACCUACACAUACAGUAGAAAAAACGGAGAAGAAAAGACGUGUCCCUCCGUUUACUUACUCGCUCCACCAGAGCACGGUCAGGAGAGAGAGGUGACCCUGACUUGCUAUGUGAAAAGCUUCUACCCCAAAGAUCUGGUUGUGUAUUGGCUUGCUAAUGAUAAAAUACUGAACAGUACAGAGGACGACUCUAUCCCCUACCAGCACAGAACCUCUUGCCCGAUUGAGGUUGAAAAAGAUCGCCUCUAUUCAAUUUACAGCCAGCUGGUUAUCAGCUCUGCAGAAUGGGAAACAGGAACGGUGUUCACCUGCUUAGUGUACCAUGAGGCCAUUAACCCAACCGUCCGUACGAUAUCCAGAUCACUCGACAGUGUUUCAGGCAAGCCCACCGUAGUGAGCCUCACCAUGAGCGUUCCCUCGACCCCCGCCUGCGCGUCUUUCACAGAUUGCAUGGUGUUGACGGAGAUGUUCUGCAAAGAGCCAAAGGAGACAGAUUGGUCAGUGGAGACAGAAGACAGUAACAUGGAGAACACUGCCUUAACAUUUGUCUUUCUCUUCCUCAUCACCCUGAUCUACUGCAUUGGCGCCACUAUUGUGAAGUUUCUGUUCCCACUGUUUAUAGCUGUGCCUGUAGUGGAGCCCAAUAUCAGUGUGCUGAGUAAAGAGGACGAAAACAAUGUUAAGCUUGUCUGCUUGCUGGAUGGUUUUACUCCUGACAACAAAAACGUGACGUGGUUCAUGGAUAAGAAGGAAUUGACUGUAACGGGAAGAACUUUAAAAAGUCAAGGUCAGAAAGAAGGAAAACCAGUAGAGAUCUUCACUCACAUUAGUGAAAUACUCGUUGGUGCAGAUGAGUUGGAGAAAGGUACGAAGUACACCUGUGAGGCAAGCCACUCAUCCAAAAACUACGUUGCUACAUGGACCUCUUGCAAAGCUCAUCCAUCAGCCAAACCACUGAUACACCUGGAGAAACCUCGUCUCUCUGAUCCGUCCCUACAGCCAGAUUCAGUGGUAACAGCUUCUUGUGUUGUUAAAGCUGCUCUCAGCUCCGUCAUCUCAUGGGUUUUGAAUGGAAACGAGGAGAAAAAAGCCAGUGCAGAGCAAAAAAAACGACAAACCAGCAGCACUGAGCUCACUGUUAGCAACCUGACUCUGUCAGCAAGAGAAUGGGAGCAACUUCACAGUAUAACAUGCAGAGUUAAACAGCCAUGUGACGAGAAACCUGAAGAGAAAACUGUGAACGGUCUAGAGUCUGCAGAGAAAGAUCUUACAGUGGAGAUCAGGAGGCCUCUUUGGGACGUUCUUAAUGGAGAUGGUGCUGUUCUGGAAUGUUCUGCGAGAAAUGUUCCCUCUGGUGAGCUUUCUGUCACCUUCCAGGCCAAUCAAACUCUACUAGGUCAAGUUCAGUAUGUGGAUCUGCCAAAAGGCCAAAACUCUCUGACCACACGCAUCACUGUUCCUGUCCAACAUCGCGAAAAAGACAACAGCUUCACCUGUAAGGUUCAACAAAGCCCUUCCAAACAGUGGACAUCAGACCCCACUGGGAAGAUUUUUGGUGACCCCUCUGUAGAACUCUUACUGGUUCCCAGUGCGGGGAAAUCAGAACCACAGAAACUCUUGUGUACUGGAACUGGAUUUAAACCAGAGAUCAAAUGGCUCCCCAACUCUGGAAAGGGACCUGUGGUCCCUAGUAAAGCCAUGAUUCAAGCGGAUGGACGCAUGAAAAGUGUUCACUCCGUCAUCUCAUGGGUUUUGAAUGGAAACGAGGAGAAAAAAGCCAGUGCAGAGCAAAAAAACCGACAAACCAGCAGCACUGAGCUCACUGUUAGCAACCUGACUCUGUCAGCAAGAGAAUGGGAGCAACUUCAGAGUAUAACAUGCAGAGUUAAACAGCCAUGUGACGAGAAACCUGAAGAGAAAACUGUGAACGGUCUAGAGUCUGCAGAGAAAGAUCUUACAGUGGAGAUCAGGAGGCCUCUUUGGGACGUUCUUAAUGGAGAUGGUGCUGUUCUGGAAUGUUCUGCGAGAAAUGUUCCCUCUGGUGAGCUUUCUGUCACCUUCCAGGCCAAUCAAACUCUACUAGGUCAAGUUCAGUAUGUGGAUCUGCCAAAAGGCCAAAACUCUCUGACCGCACGCAUCACUGUUCCUGCCCAACAUCGCGAAAAAGACAACAGCUUCACCUGUAAGGUUCAACAAAGCCCUUCCAAACAGUGGACAUCAGACCCCACUGGGAAGAUUUUUGCUCAUCCAUCAGCCAAACCACUGAUACACCUGGAGAAACCUCGUCUCUCUGAUCCGUCCCUACAGCCAGAUUCAGUGGUAACAGCUUCUUGUGUUGUUGAAGCUGUACUCAGCUCCAUCAUUUCAUGGGUUUUGAAUGGAAACGAGGAGAAAAAAGCCAGUGCAGAGCAAAAAGACCGACAACCCAGCAGCAGCACUGAGCUCACUGUUAGCAACCUGACUCUGUCAGCAAGAGAAUGGGAGCAACUUCACAGUAUAACAUGCAGAGUUAAACAGCCAUGUGACGAGAAACCUGAAGAGAAAACUGUGAACGGUCUAGAGUCUGCAGAGAAAGAUCUUACAGUGGAGAUCAGGAGACCUCUUUCGGACAAUCUUAAUGGAGAUGGUGCUGUUCUGGAAUGUUCUGCGAGAAAUGUUCCCUCUGGUGAGCUUUCUGUCACCUUCCAGGCCAAUCAAACUCUACUAGGUCAAGUUCAGUAUGUGGAUCUGCCAAAAGGCCAAAACUCUCUGACCGCACGCAUCACUGUUCCUGCCCAACAUCGCGAAAAAGACAACAGCUUCACCUGUAAGGUUCAACAAAGCCCUUCCAAACAGUGGACAUCAGACCCCACUGGGAAGAUUUUUGGUGACCCUUCUAUGGAUCUCUCACUGGUUCCCAGUGUGAGGAAAUCAGAACCACAGAAACUCUUGUGUACUGGAACUGGAUUUAAACCAGAGAUCAAAUGGCUCCCCAACUCUGGAAAGGGACCUGAUGUCCCUAGUAAAGCCAUGAUUCAAGCGGAUGGACGCAUGAAAGUGUUCAGUGAGAUGGACUUGUCGCUGGAAGAGUGGAACGAAGGGAAGGAAUUUACCUGCCAGGUCACUGAUCUUAAGAAAACAAUCAAGGAAAACAUCAGUGCUUGUGCAGUGACUGCACCUUUCGCUCAGUUGGCGCAGGUAUACCUGUUGGGUCCUUCCCUCAGUGACAUGAGGUCAGCUGAUGUGCCUCUGACUUGUCUGGUUACUGGCCACAGGGUCAAGGACUUUUCUAUUACUUGGAAAAUAGACAAGGUCAUACAGUCUCAAGAUAUAACCACAGAACCCCCUAAAGACCAUGCUAAUGGAACCCAGAGUGUCCAGAGUAUUUUAAAGUUACCAGCCUCAAGAUGGAAUGCAUACGCUGAGGUCUCCUGUGAAGUAAGCCAUCGGUGCUCCAGCAAAACACAGGAUCACAACAUCGUCAAAGUCAGAGAACCCAAACGCCCCACUGUCCGAAUUCUCAGCCCCAGUGACAGUGACCUGUCUGCUUCCCAUAACUCCACUCUUCUCUGCCUGAUCACUGGGUUCUAUCCUGCUGAUAUCUCCGUCCACUGGGAGCUGGAUCAGAAGAGGCUGGAUGUGUCUCGCUUCACUAACAGUCCAGUGGGCCCUCAUUCUGCUGGCCGAGAUUUCUCCAUGCACAGCGCACUGACAUUACUAGCAUCAGGACACGAACAUGGCACAUUUUCCUGCGUAGUCAACCAUCAGUCAUCCUCAAGCCCAAUCGUCAGCACACUGGACAACUUGUAUGCCUCAGUGACUAAAACGAAACCCUCUGUGAAGAUACUGCAGGCUCGGGAUGAGCUGGUGUGUCUGGCGUACGAAUACAGCCCGUCUGCUAUUAGCAUCACCUGGCUGCUGGAUGGUGUGACCAUCGCACGUAAGCACAACAUCACCAGCCCUGCCAAAGGGCCUGAUGGGAAAUUCAAUGUUAAAAGCCAGCUGCAAGUCCUGCCUUCUGAAUGGCCACCUGGAUCUGUAUAUACCUGCCAGGUGAUGCAUAUCACUGGCACUAUUAAUCACAACAUCUCCAAAGCAGAAAUUAUUGAGCAGAGUAUAUACUUCGACGAGAACAUGUCUGAAGCCACCACAGAGGACAUGACUGCGGAAACCUGGAACAUGGCGUGUGCCUUCAUCGCACUCUUCCUCAUCGCUCUGAUUUACGGAUUCUCAGUUACUCUGGUCAGAGUGAAGGUUGAGUGAUGCAGUUUGUACUAGAGUUUGUACUUGAACUAGGAAAUACAGGAACAUCUUACUGCUGUGAAGAAGGUUCUCCGAAGCUCUGUUCAGUAAGAAAUAAUAAAUGGCAGAAGAAAUGUAAAAAAAAAAGAAAAAGGAAAGGAAAUCAAUGCUCUCGCCACUAAAUGCUGUAAAUGGAGGUUUCUCUCCAUGGCUUAGCGUGCUUUGUUCACUCUCAUGCCUGUUACCUUUUGCUGACUGUUUUUAUCAUUUUUUAUCAUUAUUGUUCUUCAAAUAAAAGCAGUGUUCAAAACUAAA